UCGUUUGUGUGUUGUAGAGAAGUGUGUUGGUUUGAGUUGUUGGUUGUGAUGUGACUGACUGAGAAUGUUGGAGUGGGUUGCAAAUCGCGAUGGUGGGGAAUGAUGAUGUUACCUGAUUUGGUAUAGCGCUAUUUGUAUGUACUGCGUUUCUACUCUGUACCGAUUCUGGCAAAUCACUCCCUACAAGAGAACUACAGAAAAAGUAAGGUGAUGAAUAAAGCAGAUACUCAUGUUAUUGUCAGGGUACUUUUGCCAUAUGACCAAAUCAUCGUUACCCUUCAAUUUCCUGUAGUUCUUAUUCUCAGCCUUGCCGCAGCUCUUUAGUGAAGGUAUCCUUCAAUCUUCACAUCAGAAUCGCUAUUUCAAACAAAUAAUGGAGGAAUUCAUUCUCUACAUAGACCAAAUUAGUCUUAAAGUAGACCAGAUCCCGGCGCGGCUCUAUCGAGUUCAGUAUGAUGAUUCCGCGACGAUGUACCGCCACCCUUAUACAAGUUUGAUGAGACGCAAUUCUGUGAGAUUUCACAACUAUGGUAUAAUUGGUCGUUAUAACUUUGGAGCUGGUGUGGGGCGGCACUUGAGCUGGGACAAAACAAUUCAAAGCAUCUUCAUCUCGCUCUUUUCCGACAGAAGCCACGCCGUAAAUUGGAUGCGCUCGAUGAACUUGAGUCAUGAAGGCGGCGAGAAUUUCAGACUCCUUGAGAUUGAUACUUCGCAGAUUCGCACAUCUGUCUUCAAAGCUUCGGAACUUGUGGAAACCCUUGGCUUACAUAUUCCGGAUCGGGCAAGAGACUGCGUCUCAAAUGAGUAUCUUGUCACUUAUCACAUCCCCCGCUCGUGCUAUAGUCAGUUGUCAAUCGGUUGAAGAGAUUCCACAAGGUAGUAAUGAAAGUCAUAUGGUGCGUGGCAGCCCCGCCAGGCGGGCAUUGCUUAGGCAUGAGCAGGAUGUAACUAUGUAUGUCGUAAAUAGGCGGGCAGGUCAGGCUCUGAUUGGUCAUUCGGAGCAGUAAGCAUAUCAAUCAGUCUUCAGCGUAUAUGGAAGUCAACACCCAGGCACCUCUCCGGGGUGACCUUAAC